AUGGAUAAACAAUUAACUUUCCUUCCCCUCCUCAUCUCCCUCUUCACCAUUCUCACACAUAGCACUUCUGCUUCCUCAUCAUGCCCCAUGGACCUCACCUACGUUCAAUCCUACCCCUGGAACACUUCAACAUGCAGACACCCAAUUGACAAACAACCCUGCUGCCUCACUCUGUUGAGCAUCUUUGGCAUAGGUCUCGCCAAACACCUCAAAGAAACCAGCUUUUUUCAACUUCCCAAUGAAAACUCUUCCUCAGCUUGCUUAUCUGAUUUCCAACUCAAGCUCAAAGCCUUGUCAAUUCAACCAUCUUUGGUCCCUUCUUGCUUCCCUAACCCAUCACAGUUUGUUACUAACUCUUCAACUUGUGCAGGUAUUAGAACUACCCAAGAUUGGAAACAAAAGGUGGGUUUAAUUAGCCCUUUAGACACUUAUUGCAAUGGUGACCUUAGUGACAAAACUCGUUGUGACAAUUGCAUUAGCGAGGGCUUAAAACUCGCUUCUCGGCUUAUUACUAUUGACCCAAAUGCUAGUGCCACUGCUUGUUUUUCCUUUGCUUCGUUAUAUGCUGCUGCUUUUGUUAAUCCCUAUGGUACAAUAGAUGUUACCACCACUGGUUGCCUAUUAAGCCUUCCACUCUCUAGUGGGGCAACAAAAGAGUCUUCGAAUAAUAGAGAAAAAGUGUUGAAGCUUGUUUUCACCCUAUUGGGUGUUGUUAUUGGUGUUUUGCUUGCUUUUGUAGGGAUCAUUGUGUACAAAAAGUGGGAUAAGAGAAGUAGGGAAAGGGUUUAUCAUAGGGAAAUUGAGAACAAUGUUAGGGCCAGUGUUUUGCCUAAUACUGGGGUGAAAUGGUUUCAUAUAUCUGAGCUUGAGCGUGCCACGAGUAAAUUUUCCAAGAAGAAUAUGAUUGGUAAAGGCGGUGAUGGUGUUGUGUAUAAAGGGAAACUUUCUGAUGGGACUUUGGUUGCAAUUAAGGAACAUUUUGAUUUAGAAAAUAAAGGGGAUGAAGAGUUCUGUUACGAAGUGGAGAUCAUAAGCAAAAUUAAGCACAGGAAUCUUCUUGCUCUGAAAGGUUGUUGCAUUUCAAGUGAUAAAUUGAAAGGUAAGAGGAGGUUUCUGGUUUAUGAUUAUAUGCCGAAUGGGAACCUCUGUUACCAAUUGUCACUUGCCGGGGCUAAUAGGUUAACAUGGCCACAAAGAAAGAAUAUAAUACUUGAUGUGGCUAAAGGGCUUGCUUAUUUGCAUUAUGAAAUCAAACCCCCAAUUUAUCACCGUGACAUAAAGGCUACCAACGUACUUUUGGAUUCCAAAAUGAAUGCUAAAGUGGCUGAUUUUGGCUUGGCAAGGGAAUCAAUCACGGAUUGGGUAUGGACACUUGCGGAAUCAGGAAAAAUGGAUGAAAUUUUUUAUCAGUCAAUAAAAGAAGAAGGGCCAGCAAAAGUUAAGGAAAGGUUUGUUCAUGUUGGAAUGCUUUGUGCUCAUGCUGUGGUGGCAUUAAGGCCUACUAUUGCUGAGGCUCUCAAAAUGUUAGAAGGUGAUGUUGACAUUCCCAAAUUACCUGAAAGGCCAGUGCCACUGGGUCAUGCUUCGUUUCAAUCUUCUUUGUUGCAUGGUUUGCAGAGAAGUGGAAGAUCUUCACAACACAUUUCAUCUUAUUGA